UUCAUACUUGACAUCAUUGGUUGUUUAAUAAUAGUUUCACAGAAUGUAAUCGACUUUCUCUCUCUUUUCUUUUUUUUUUAGUUUUACAGAAAAUCAUGGGCUUAUUUUCUUGGUUUAGCAAGACAAUAGACAAUGAUGUGGAAGGUUUGGACCAUGCUAUUCCCGAGAAAACAGCCUGUUACCAUAUUGAAGGCUUCUUAACUUGCUCAUAUUUCUCUAAUGCAGUCAGAGUAGGCGACAUGUUGACGAAUAAAUAUCCUCAUAUUAAAGUGGAUGUAAGUGCAUACAUAAAGCAACAAUGGGCCGAGCGCUCUCGAGAACUACAACAGGAGUUCAAUACAAGUCACAGAACAUCACCUUUUAUUUAUGAAGGAUGCGAUUUAAACAACCAAAAACUGAUAGGAGGCUAUGCAGAUUUUGCAAAAAGAGUCAAAGAGACAUACAAAAUAAGUGUACCUAUGGACUGAUGUUAUUGUACAAAGAAAAAAAGGAGGAGGCAGGCCUCUCAAUGUACCUGAACACCUCUUUCUAAUAAAGUUAGUCAUUGGAACUGUCUUUCAAACCUUUAACAAAAAA